CCACCCGGAAGGGACAGAGUAUAUAAACCUGUCCCUGCACCGGUGCCGGUUCAUAAACCGCUGACAUGAAAACGGAGACUGCAGUUCAGACGCCGCCGUUCAGCGGGAGGAAGCAGAGUCUGAUCGAGGACGCGCGCCGGGAGCGCGGCACCAGCGGCACCGGCAGCGGCGGCGGCUCCGCGGGCUCCCCGGGGCCCUCCAAGUGCGGAGACGGCUGCGUGUUCGAGGACAAGGACGGAAGAGUGACACUGAACAUCUUGUUCACACUGAGCAACGAGAAAAACGCGGGAUUCUUCAAAGCCGGCAAAAUAUUCGAGACGUUUGAAGCCAAACUCCUGCACAUUGAGAGUCGUCCGUGCAGGAAGUGGAAGAACAACUCGACGACGGAGCUGGAGUUUUACAUGAAGUGCGACGUUCACAGCUCAGACCUGGACAUUUUCAUCAACGCGCUCAAGAGAGUGGCCGGCGACGUUCGCUCCAUACCAGAGGAAAAAGGUCCCUGGUUUCCUCGGCAGAUUAAAGACCUGGACAGAUGUAACCUGUUAAUCACCAAGUUUGAUCCAGACAUGGAUCAGGAUCAUCCUGGCUUCAGUGAUUCAGAAUACAGGAAGAGACGAGCUUUCAUCGCUGAACUGGCCUUCAGAUACAAACAAGGAGAACCACUGCCCACUGUGGAGUACACAGCAGAGGAGACGUCCACAUGGAGGGAGGUUUACCGACAGCUGAGGGGCAUCUACCCGAGUCUGGCAUGUCGUCAGUUCCUGGACGGUCUGCAGCAGCUGGAGAAGGAGUGCGGCUACGGAGAGGAACGGAUCCCUCAGCUCCGAGAGGUUUCUGCUUUCCUGAAAGAAAAGACAGGUUUCCAGCUGCGUCCAGUCGCUGGCCUCCUGUCGGCCCGAGACUUCCUGGCCAGUUUGUCCUUCAGGGUUUUCCAGUGCACACAGUACAUCCGACACUCGUCGUCACCCAUGCACUCGCCUGAGCCAGACUGCUGUCAUGAACUGCUCGGCCACAUCCCCAUGCUGUUAGACAAAGAGUUUGCCGUAUUUUCACAGGAGAUCGGACUGGCCUCACUCGGAGCUUCAGACGAGGACAUUGAGAAACUGUCAACGUUGUACUGGUUUACUGUGGAGUUUGGCCUCUGUAAGCAGAAUGGAGUGGUGAAAGCAUACGGCGCUGGACUUCUGUCGUCGUACGGGGAGCUCAUCUACUCGCUGUCCAACAAGCCAGAGUACAAGCCGUUCAACCCAGAGGAGACGGCAGUGCAGCCGUACCAGGACCAGACGUACCAGCCAGUUUACUUUGUGUCCGAGAACUUUGAGGACGCAAAGAUUAAGAUGAGGAGAUAUUCAACAACCAUAAAGCGCCCCUUUGCGGUUCGCUACGACCCAUUUACCUGCAGCAUAGAAGUUCUGGAUCAGCCCAGGAAGAUCCAGAACGCCCUAAGCCAGAUGAGAGAAGACCUGAAGACCCUGCACAGUGCCCUGGAGAAGCUCGGCUCCUCUUGAAACUGGGAGGAGACUUUCUAUUCAGGGUUGGGACGGAUGGAGACCUGCCACUAAAGAUCAAAUGAUGACAAACAACACAAAAAAUAUGAAAAAUGUAGUCACCUUCUCGAGGUUCCACAGAGCUGUUUGUGUGUACAAUGUAAAAAGAAAUAAACGUUUAUUUUCAUGA